UUCUUUCCAACUAAAAAGAUUUGCUUUUUGAUCAUACGACAGUCAAGCCAACUUUUUUAAAGAAUAAGCACAAACAAUAUAGAAUAUAGAGACCUCUUUAAGGAGAUCUCGCUGUCUCUUCCGUUUUCUCUGCUAUCUUAAUCAGUUGAUCUGAACUUCCGACGUCUCCCAGGUCGAAUCGAGCUCGCAAUCUGCUCCGACACUGAUUCAAUUCAAAUGGCGAGCGAUGGAAGUUGUUCUACUCAUUUGAUUGAUGGAGAUGGCACGUUCGAAACUGAAGGACUUGAACAUUUUAUCAAGGAAGUGAAGUUGGGGGAAUGUGGAUUAUCAUAUGCUGUUGUCUCCAUCAUGGGCCCACAAAGUAGUGGGAAGAGCACUCUCUUAAAUCAUUUAUUUAAUACCAACUUCAGAGAGAUGGAUGCAUUCAAAGGAAGGUCUCAAACUACUAAAGGUAUUUGGUUGGCAAGAUGUACUGGCAUUGAACCUUGUACUCUUGUAAUGGACUUGGAGGGUACUGAUGGAAGAGAACGAGGAGAGGAUGAUACAGCAUUUGAGAAGCAGAGUGCUCUUUUUGCUUUAGCUGUUUCAGAUAUAGUGCUAAUAAACAUGUGGUGUCAUGAUAUUGGUCGUGAGCAAGCUGCAAAUAAACCUCUUUUGAAGACCGUGUUUCAGGUCAUGAUGCGACUAUUUAGUCCACGGAAGACUACUUUGAUGUUUGUCAUACGGGAUAAAACAAGGACACCUCUGGAAAACUUGGAACCUGUCUUAAGGGAAGAUAUCCAAAAGAUAUGGGAUUCUGUCCCUAAGCCAGAAGCCCACAAAGAAACUCCAUUAAGCGAGUUUUUUAAUGUUGAAGUUGUUGCUCUUUCUAGUUAUGAAGAAAAGGAAGAACAAUUUAAAGAGCAGGUCGCUAGUUUGAGGCAACAAUUCUUCCAUUCUAUUGCACCUGGUGGACUCGCGGGAGAUCGGCGGGGUGUGGUUCCAGCAUCAGGAUUUUCAUUCAGCUCGCAACAAAUCUGGAAAGUCAUUAAGGAGAACAAGGAUCUCGACCUUCCAGCCCACAAGGUCAUGGUGGCUACUGUACGCUGUGAAGAAAUUGCUCACGACAAGUUUGCUGGCUUCACCGGAAACGAGUACUGGCUUCAUAUUGAAGAGGCUGUACAAUCUGGCCCAGUUUCCGGCUUCGGAAAGAAGCUCAGUUCAAUUCUCAACAGUUCUUUAUCAGAGUAUGACGCUGAAGCUACAUAUUUUGAUGAAGGUGUCAGAUCUGCAAAGAGAAAGCAGCUAGAAGAGAAAUUGCUGCAACUCGUCCAACCAGCUUUCCAAUCCAUGUUGGGACAUAUAAGAUCUGGGUCACUUGAGAAAUUCAAAGAAGCAUUUGACAAGGCUUUGAGUGGAGGAGAAGGGUUUUCUAUGGCUGCUCGUCAAUGCUCAGAGUCCUACAUGGCUCUGUUUGACGAAGGGUGUGCAGAUGUUGUUAUUCAACUAGCAAACUGGGAUACAUCCAAAGUGAGAGAUAAGCUUCGACGUGAUAUCGAUGCUCAUGUUGAAUCUGUUCGUGUUUCCAAGCUUUCUGAACUUACGUCAGUAUAUGAGGCAAAACUGAAUGAAGCACUGUCAGGACCAGUUGAGGCACUUUUAGAUGGAGCUAAUACUGAGACAUGGCCAGCAAUAAGGAAACUUCUUAGGCAUGAGACUGAAUCAGGCGUCUCUGGUCUCUCAAGUGCACUUUCUGGUUUUGAGAUGGAUGAACAUGCCAAAGAAAAAAUUCUUAGCAGUCUAGAGAACUACGCAAGAGUGGUGGUUGAAGCGAAAGCAAAGGAAGAAGCUGGAAGGGUACUUAUCCGUAUGAAGGACAGGUUUUCAACUUUGUUUAGCCAUGAUUCUGACUCAAUGCCACGAGUUUGGACUGGGAAGGAAGACAUACGAGCUAUCACCAAAACUGCUCGCUCUGCAUCCCUGAAGUUGCUAUCUGUAAUGGCUGCAAUUCGCUUGGAUGAUGAGAGCGAUAACAUUGAAAACACUCUAUCCCUUGCUUUGUUGGAUGUUAAGAGUGUUGCUACUAGUACUGAUAGGAGCAUUACAGCUAUUGAUCCACUGGCCUCGAGCACUUGGGAACAGGUUCCUUCCUCGAAGACUUUGAUCACACCUGUCCAGUGCAAAUCAUUAUGGAGGCAAUUCAAGGCAGAGACUGAGUAUAGUGUCACCCAAGCUAUUUCUUCUCAGGAAGCUAACAAGCGGAAUAACAACUGGUUACCUCCCCCAUGGGCAAUUGUUGCCUUACUAGUCCUUGGAUUUAACGAAUUUAUGACACUUCUGAGAAAUCCUCUGUGGCUUGGUGUUAUCUUUGUAGCUUUUCUACUGGUUAAGGCCCUUUGGGUGCAACUCGACAUUACUGGGGAAUUCCGCAAUGGUGCUCUUCCUGGGUUGAUCUCCUUGUCUUCCAAGUUCCUUCCCACGGUUAUGAACAUCAUCAAAAGCCUAGCAGAGGCAGGCCAGACCCCAGCAACAAACAAUCCUCGGACAAACCCUGCAUUACAUUCUCGGAGUUUUGGUAAUGGAGUAAGCACCAGUGAGUCAUCAUCAAAUCCUUCUGCGGUAACCACCUCCUCCGAGAAUGGGACUGUCAACUCAAGUUACUCGAAAGAAGAAUAGUACAAUAGGUAUUUGAUUUCAAGCUAUGUUGGUUAUUGAAGAAGCUCGCUUUCCCACUCCACAUUGGGGUGGUUUAGUUAUUGCGGAUGUGAUUUCCAUGUAUACGAUCUCUUGCAAGCAUGUGGAGGAGCAGAAUUUCCAAGGCAUUGAUUUUUAUACAAGUGCCACAUACAAGGGGGCUGGUUUGUUAUGGAACACUCCCCCAUUACAUAGUUUUAUGUAUUUUUGACUAGGUGGUGUUGAAUCUUGUGUCCUGUUGGUUGGACAAGCUACAGGGCAUCCUUUAUUUAAACCAACGUUGGAUGUGUUGAUUUGCAUUCAAUUUUGUUUGACCAUCAACUUUUAGUGGUAAUUAUUUGGGUUCUUUGCAAAGAAUUUGGGGUCUUGGAAGAUGAGUCUGUGAGACAGAUAUACAUUAUAUAUUGAGACAAUGAUGAACAGUUAGAUCUCAUAUUGAUAGUCAUUCAAUUUUUAUGGCAACAGAUGGCCUCAUU